UCGACCGCCAUCCCGGCGCCCGGCAACUCGCCCUCCCGCUAGCGACCAAGAAAACAAACGAAUGGGGAAGCGGAGAAAAUGGCCCCUCGCUGCGGGGUUUUCGUCCUCCACGGCGGGGGAGGAGAAGAAGACGCCGUAAAUCUCCCCCAAAGUAGGAGAGCUCGCCGGUUCUAGGGUUCCUCUAGGGUUUCCAGCUGCUGCCUCCCGUCGGGAUCCCGCUCGGGAGAGCCGUUGAUUGGUGGAGGAGGUCGGGGAUGGGGGUCUCCUUUAAGAUCUCGAAGGUCGGGACCAGGUUCCGUCCCAAGCCGAGCGCCGUCCCAGAAGAGCCGGUUCUCUCCAGCGAGAGCUCCCGCGUUCUAAUCGGAGCUGGAUCAAAGCGCGAGGUUGAUAUUGCUGAGGCAAUCAAUGAUGCUAAUGGUGCCUCAGUUUCAUCCACUUGUUCAGAAGGGCUUGUAUUGCCAGAACGUGAAGUUUCUUUCACAUUGAACCUUUAUCAGAAGGGAUAUAUUAUUGGGAAGCCUUCUGAGACUGAAACUUGUCAGAUGGAUAAUUUUCAACCUCUUCUUCAAGAUGCUAAAUCAUUGCAUCCAUAUGAUAGGGCAUCAGAGACCCUAUUUUCUGCAAUCGAGUCAGGGUGGUUGCCAGGAGAUAUUCUUGAUGAUAUACCUAGCAAGUAUAUUGAUGGGACCCUUGUCUGUGAGGUGCGUGAUUAUAGAAAAUGCAUAUCUGAACAAGGAACUUCUGUUUCUGCUGUGGAUGGGGUUCCUAUUGUACAUAAAGUGCGGUUGCGAAUGUCUCUUGAAACUGUUGUUAAAGACAUUCCAUUAAUAUCUGAUGAUUCUUGGACCUACAGUGAUCUAAUGGAAGUUGAGUCACGCAUAGUGAAAGCACUGCAACCACAACUUUGUCUGGACCCUACGCCAAUGUUAGAUAGGCUUUAUAAUGACCCUUCUUCUAAUAAGCUUGAUCUUGGUAUUGGAAGAAAGAAGAGAUUACGGAAAACUCCUGAAGUGACAGUCACAUCCAAUUAUCAAACUCAUGGAAAGAAGGUCUGCAUUGAUAGGCUGCCUCAGAAUGCUAAUUGUAGAUUGGAUGACCAAGGAACUCUGUUAGGCAAUGCAACAAUGCAGCAAGUUCAUGAGAAUAUGGCCACCCAAAAUGUAUCAAGUGGGGUUUCAUCCUUAAGAUCUAACAAUUUUGCACAAGAAACUGGCAGGCCAACUUUACCUUUGCCCUCCCAGCCCAUGCAUCAGCCAGCUAUAAACUAUCCCACUGUUGUGCAUGAUCAUGUCUCUGGACCUCCUGUGAGUUUGGCAGGAGUCAACACCACCAUGUCAUCUCAGAACUUGGUGGGUUCUUAUACUGACAAAAUCAAUAGUAAUGCACCCCUUUCUGUGAAGAGGGAGAACCAAGAUACCCAAUCAACAUCGUUAUUAGGCAUGAAGAGACCAAAACAGACUCCAAUGGGACCAGACGGUAUUCAGCAGCAGCAACCAGGGCCUCAGUUAGUUGGCCUCAGUGGGCCUGAUAUGCAGCGGAAAAAAAACCAGAUGUUAGAUUCUCAAAUAGAUGCGGUUAAGGGAAUGCAGUAUUCUUCUGCUCUGGGUGGUCAAAGAUAUCCUUCUCCAGUGAUAAAUAAUAUUCCUAAUCAAGAGGCAGGGGCGUCCUUUUAUUUUAACCAGCAGGGUAUGAGAUAUGGUGCUAAAGAAGAGCAGAUUGACACAGAAAAGAUGGAUAGACAAGAGCUGGAGGGGUCUAAAGAUGCUCCUCGGUCACUGGUAUCAGAAAACAGUACAGUGUACCAGCAUCAGUCACAAUCUCAGCAUCUAUUGCAGCAACAAUCCAUGAGAAACCAGCACCUAGUCCUUACACAGUGGCAUAAUACCCAGCAAUUAGCUGAGAAGGAUAUGAGGAAGGAUGAUGUGCUUCAGAAGAGGAAAUCAGUGGCGAGUCCACGAGUCUCUUCUGGACCGAUAGUUCAGUCUCCUGUGUCAUCAAAAUCAGGAGAGAUUUCCAGUGGUUCGGUAGGCGGCCAGUUUAGUGCUGUUGCAACAACUUCUGCAGUAGGUUCACAGAAGGAUAAAGUGGCAGCAAAUUCUAGUGCUGCACUUGGGGGCCCUUCUGUGAAUUCCAGUCCCAGCGAUUCUGUGCAUCGGCAACACCAAGCAUCGGUGGCUGGGAAACGUAAAACAAAUUCUGUCCCCAAAACACAAACCAUGAGUGGGGUUGGAUCUCCUGCCAGUGUUAGUAAUAUGAAUGCUCCACUGAUUGCUAAUAGCCCAUCUAUUGGGACUGCACCUAUGGGUGAUCAAGCAAUCCUCGAGAGACUUGCGAAGAUUGAAAUAAUAAGCCAGAGAUACCACCUCAAUCUUAAGAAGAGCAAGGUUGAUGAUUACCCUGCAAGGAAACCUGUAGCACAUGCAAAUCAACGGCUUGCAUUCUGUCUCUCUGAUUCAUUUAAUGCUGAGGAUUUCACUGACCCCAUUAGACCAAUGUCUAGGUCUCUUUUUGGUGGAACAAUUAAUACGUGUAAGACCAGAACGAUGCAUUUCAUGCGGACAGAAUGCGCGUAUCAAGUUGUUCCUCCUAGAGCUCACUACCGAAUGACCCUGACUGAGAAGCCUUAUGAUGGCACAGUAGCGAUUCAGUAUGGAGAUAUAGAUGAGUCUGAUUUUCCUAGUACUCAGGAAUUUGUCACAUUACCCACAACACACUAUGCCGAUCUGCUUGCAGCUCAGUUUUGUGCACAGAUGGAGCGUGAUGGAUAUCGGACAACUGAAGAUCGUAUCAAACCUAUACCCGUGCGCAUGGUUGCUUCUUCCAGUAGUAUGACCACAGUUCCAGGAAUGACAUCAGAUAAUGCUGUAGCUGAAGUGAAACACCCAGAAGUAGCUCUUGGUCAACCAUCUCAUAUAGCAGCCACGAAUGCUGUGGGACCUCUGAACUCUGCACAAAAUCUUCCCAACAGUGCACGGAUGCUGGCUUCUGGAAAUAAUAGCCAGUCAUUGCAAGGUUACUUGCCGGGGGCUGCUAUGCCUGCUAGGACACAGCAGCUUGACCAAACUUUGCUUCAGCAGCAGCAACAACAACAGCUGCAGCAAAGUAUGCAAUCACAGAUGCAACAGCAACAACAACUUCCAUUGCCUCAUAUGCAGAGAUCAUCACCGCUGCUCUCAACCAAUCCACUCUCUCAUUUAAUAGGGCAGAACUCAAACUUGCAGAUUGGUAAUAAUUCCAUGGUCACCGGCAAGCCGGCUGCUUUGCAGCUUCAGAUGCUGCAACAAGCACAGCAACAGCAACAACAGCAAACCCAACUUCCUAGGAAGGUGAUGAUGGGUCUAGGACCAGCCAUGAACAUGGGAAACAUGGGCAAUAAUGUGGUGGGCCUUGGCGGUCUGAGCAAUGUCAUGGGCAUGGGGGGAGUUCGGGGCAUAUCCUCUCCUAUGGGGCCCAUGUCAGGAUUAGGCAACAUUAGCCCGAACCAGAUGAACCUGGGAUCUGCAUCCAAUUUCAGUGCAGGACUUCAUCCGGGUUCAAUAUCGCAUGCACAAGCUGCGGCAAUUGCAGCUAAACUGAGGAUGGCACAGCAAAACAGGGCUGGUUUGUAUGGUCCUCAAUCUGGGAUUGCUGGUAUGUCCGGAAAUAAUAGUCAGAUGCUGUCAAGCUCGGCGGGCCUGUCUAUGUUGGGGCAUGCACUGAACAGAGCCAACAUGAGCCCUUUGCAUCGGAAUGCAAUGUCACCCAUGGGCCCACCUAAGAUCCCUGGAACAAAUUUUUACCUGAAUCCUCAGCAACUACAACAGCAUCAACAGCAGUUACAACAGCUACAACAGCAACAGCUGCAGCAGCAGCAGCAACAACAACAACAAAUAAGCUCUCCGCUGCAGCAGGCACGGGUGGGAUCCCCACAGGUGGUUGGUUCGCCACCGGCAAUGAUAAUGCAACAGCAGCAGAUUAGUCCUCAUCAAAUGGGCCAGCAGUCUGCAAUGAGUCCUCAGCAGUUGAGCUCAGGUGCAUUGCAGAAGAAUAACAACUGUGGCAAUGCAGCAGCUGGGCCAGCUAGCCCUCAGUUGAGCUCACAGACACAUGGGUCAGUUGGUAGCAUCACAAGCUCACCCAUGGAGCAGCUGCAAGGCGCAAAUAAGGGUGGGUCUGUCAAUGUUUAAGUAGGGAUAUUGGCCUCUAAAUCAGUUCUAUCCUGCAUCACCAACCCAAGACAGAUGAAUUAGGUCUUCAAGCCGGGUGAUUGACAUUAACAGUCGCCAAAAAGUUGCUGUGAAAUUACUUAUUUAGGUUUUGCAGCCAUAAUGCCCGUUUUGCAUGAUGUAGAUUUGCAUAUUAUUAUUUGUUUCUGCUGGUCAAAGUCCAUGUUAUGUAAAUUGAAUGAAUACUUUAUGAUGCUAGGGAUUAUAUUUCUGAAUAAAAAUCCUUUUCACAUUCAUACAGUCAAUUAAA